CGAGCCGCUGUCAGUCGGGCUCACGCACGCUGAACACCGUCCUCCUCUCCGGCUCCCUGUCUGCCGAGACCUCCGUCAUAUUGGCUGCUAGAGGCAGCUGCGACCACGGCAGGAGCGGAGACCCCUACCAUGGCGAGGAACGGGCUUCUGCGGCACUCAAAGAACAACUGAGCUCAGUUAUCAUUGGACUGGUGUUCAACGGAUUGACGUGGGACUAUUCGGGAUGGUACCUCCAAGUAUCCGCGAACCUCUCGUGCUUUCAUCCGACACCGUGGUCCGCAGAGGGGAUAUGUGCCUGACUUCUCUUAAUAGCCAUUUUCUGCAGACAAAGAGAGCUGUUGAAUAGGCUUCCACAAGGCAUCCGGGUCCCAGGGGCUCCUGUUGAUAAGCAAGUGGGCAACAUGUGGAGCAACCUGAAGAACAAAUGCCAGACACUGUUCCAAAACAACAGUUCAGGACUCAGUGAGACCAGGGUUGAGGCAGAUGCUGUCCCCUGUGUGGUGGAUCUUUGCCAAGGAGGCAGCUCAGGUGAUGCACAUGCAUCAGGAGCCUCCAGCCCAACACGGAGCCUCCUACCAGUGCCAAUGGUAACAUCAGGGCGCCGCCAUCACAACUGUGUGUCGGACAUCCCUCAGAUAGUAGAGAUAAGUAUGGACAAGGACUCAGAGGAUGUGCGAGGUGGGUCGGGGGCUGUUCCCCAUGCAAGGAGAGACUCCUAUUCCCGUCAUGCUCCAUGGGGGGGCAAGAAAAAACACUCAUGUUCCACAAAAACCCAGAGCUCUCUGGAAGCAGAUAGGCGUUCUGGGCGUUUACGGGGGAGUGGGAACCGUAGGGAAAGGCGUUAUGGAGUCAGCUCCCUCCAGGAGAUGAGUGACUCUGGAGGACGCAGUCUAAAUUCCCGGUCUUUGCGUCAACGGCUAAGUGAUACAGUGGGACUGUGCUUACCCCUACCUACUCGUAGACGCUCCCGUUCAUCAAAGAACCCUGUCACCUCUAAACGUAAGAUUCACCUUACAGAGCUCAUGCUAGAAACGUGCCCCUUCCCACCUGGCUCAGACCUUGCUCACAAGUGGCACUUGAUCAAGCAACACACAGCACCGGUCAGCCCGCAUUCCUCCACUGCCCUGCUUGAUGCCUUUGACCCGGCCCAGACCUCUCCUGAGGAUGAAGAGGAACGCCUACGUGAGCGCCGCCGACUUAGCAUUGAGGAAGGUGUGGACCCACCACCUAAUGCACAGAUCCACACCCUGGAGGCCUCAGUGCCGGGCUCCUCUCUCUACAAACUGGGACCAAAGAUGGCUCCUGGCAUUGGAGAAGCCUCUGGGGAUGGCCGGGCCUCAGGGACUGGCAGCUCCUUGGGUGCUGGAUCAUCAGGGGCCUGUGGGCCAGUGCCGGGGGCUUCAGCGUCAACUCAGGACUGUGACUCUGAGGAGGAUUCAACCACCCUCUGUCUACAGGCCAGGAGGCCCAAGCAGAGGCAUGCCUCUGGGGAGGGUCACCUGAGCCGGCAGCAGCCUGGCCCCUGGAAGGUUCACACCCAGAUAGACUACAUCCACUGUCUGGUGCCUGACCUAAUGCAGAUCACAGCUCUGCCCUGUUACUGGGGUGUGAUGGACCGCUAUGAGGCUGAGUCUCUGCUGGAUGGACGGCCAGAGGGCACCUUCCUGCUGCGUGACUCUGCCCAAGAGGACUACCUCUUCUCCGUUAGCUUCCGCCGUUACAACCGCUCACUGCACGCCCGAAUCGAGCAAUGGAACCACAACUUCAGCUUUGACGCUCAUGAUCCUUGUGUAUUCCACUCUUCCACCGUCACAGGACUGCUCGAGCACUACAAGGACCCCAGCGCCUGCAUGUUUUUUGAACCGCUGCUCACAGCACCUCUCCAUCGAACCUUCCCCUUUGGGCUGCAGCACCUGGCACGAGCUGCCAUCUGCCGCUGGACCACAUACGAUGGAAUAGGCUCUUUGCCGCUGCCCCCUGCCCUGCAGGACUUCCUCAAGGAGUAUCACUAUAAACAAAAAGUACGAGUACGCUGGCUGGAGAGAGAACCGCCACUCAAGGUCAAAUAGGUUGGGCCUCCCCUUCGCCUGCACACACACUGCAGCAGGAUCACAGAACUUGAGAAAUUCCUCAUUAGUCAAUUAGAGGCUAUACUGAAGUCUGUUCUCUUUCUGGUGAGCGAUCGACUUUAAGUGUAACAAGCUAAACCAGAUUCAUUCUAGUCUUUGUUUUAGUUAUUACUUACAUCACAGAAAAUACAUAUGAUUAUAUUCAGUAUAAUGCUCUCUGGCAAGCACAUGUUUUUGUGUUGAACAGGUUAUUUUGACAGGAAGGGAUAGCACACUUAUCAGUGCUUUGUGUCUUUUCUCUCCGCUUGUGCUAAAUGUCUGCCUGAUCCCACAACAUCACCCUGUAGACCUGCCUGCAUGCCUCCCAUGUUCAUCCCAAGUUACUAUCUGGGCCUACAUGGCUACGUUGUACAGUUCACUUUGUGCUUUUUCAUUUUUUCCCCCCCUAUUUUAUUUCCUUAGCGUGUUAAAGCACCUAGUGGAGCACCUUCCCAGAAUGAUUUUACGGUGUGUUAGGGUUCAGAGGGCAUCUGGAGGUGCUAUUGGUAAAUUGCAGUCAGAGCUUGUCCCAUGGAUAAAGCUACAUAAGGCACAUUCUUUGGCAUCUCUUUGCACGCAUAAGGAUCAGCUAAGCCAGAGAAAAGAACAGAUUCUGAGGGGGUCCACAGAGUUCAGGACAGCAAAUCAGGGAAAUUAAGUGCUUUCUAAGGAUAAUAGAUAAGUCCUUAGAAACUCUAGUUCCUUCUUAAACAAUAAAUCAGUCUGUGUCCUAUUUAGUAAAAUCAACAUUUUUCCAUACUUGUGCAGAAUUGCUUUGGAACUCGAUGGGCAGAUUGAGGAAAUACUCAAAUCUUGUUACAGACGUCAAUAGCGGCCGAUCAGUUCUUCCCUGGCCGCAGGCUCUUCAACUCUUUGCACAUGUUCAUCCAGUCCCAAUUCAUCACCUAUAUCGAUUCAACCUGUUUAAAAGUUAUCUCUUAGUGUAACAUUUGAGCAGUCUGGUGUCUUUAUGGAAUUGCACUGUCUUUAUAGGUUUUAGUUUUAUACCUCUUUAGUUCAUCAACUCUUUUUAGUGGCAUCUGGCGUUACAGGGUUUGACCCUGUGUCCAAUUUGGUCAUUGUUCUUUUAUUUUCACCAUACUCUUGUAACCUUGGUGCAGCUAGCUAUGCACUAUUGUGAGGAAUACUAACAUGUGUUGAAGUUAGGGGUGCAUGUGGCAAGUUGCAGCUGAGGACAAUCAAAUCAAAUUCAAAAUGCCAGUGUCCCUUUAAACAUGACUGACUUUAAUCUGCUUAAACUACUUGACUUUGAUUCGGAAGGGGCUCCUCCAUGUGAAACCCCAUAUAAUAUCAUAAAUGUGGAGGACAGAUGAUGUAAAAUUAUAGUUCCUUCUGAGAAUCUGCUAAUGGAGAUAGUAGAUUAAAACUACCAUGAUCAGAUUGCUUCUUAUUUUACUUCCCUUCUGAAUUAAUAUAUAUUUUAUAAAACAAUUUUUUAAAUGUGGAGCUGUUUUUAUGAAGAGCAACGUGUCUCCAACAGGAAAGUGGUCAUGGGGGCAUUUCUUGGGAGUUGACCCCUCCACUUCACAACUUAUUACUAAGAGGACUCCACCCCAACAAAUCCUUCUUGAGAGGUUGGCAUAUACUUGAGAGCUUUAGUUAUGUAAUCACAAUGAUUUUAGUUUGUGCUUCUCUGGGAAAAAAAACACUGCUGGUAGAAAACAAGUGUAACCUACGUGCCUUUUUUAGAAAACCAUCUGUCUCGUUCCAUAAUCAGUCGAAACCUUGAGAGAUGGGUGCUCUCAAAUGACACUGAAAAGAAGAACCACGCAAGGUGCAGGAGCUCAUGGCUCACUCACUUCUGAUGUUCGUUAAAAUCUGUGCAUCAGACAAAAGAUCAGAGGUGCUAUGUUGGUUUAGACAUGACGGGUUAUAAAAAUAAGUUUUACAUUAGUUACAUCUCACCCACAGAUGCAUGCAUUAGUCGCCACAUUAUGGGUUGUGUUGUAAGUAGUAUUAGGUCGUUAGAGGGUCCAAUGCCAGCCCUUCGGUAGCAAAUAUCUGUGGUAGAUAUCCAUUUUUGUCUGGUCCUCACAAGUGUAGGGUCUUAGCUGCAACUUGUGCAACAAAUCACGAUGAGAGGGCGAGAAAGUAAAAUCUAUACUGUGAGCAUGUUAAUCAGAAUAAUUCAGCUUCUAAUGACAGUGCUCACGCUAGCCAUAAGCAAUAGUGUUUGUUUGACAUUAGUCACCUCAGUGUUUCCCACAGAUUUAUUUCAUAUUUGCUGUUACAGGGGGUUAACAUGCAUAAAGGCCACUAACAGAUUCCAAGUGAAAGAUACAUGAAACGAAGUGAAACGAAGUGAAACGUAAAUUCUCGCGGGAGUGACAAAAUUGCAUUGAUGCCUUAACUGUAGCUAAAUCUAGGAGGUCUGUGUCUGCAUAAACAGUAACAACAUUAUGGACCGUAGUGCGAAUAUGCGGUAGUACAACCACAUGGAAGUGCCACAGCGUGAGUGAGCACACUGCAAAUAGUGCUUCACAUACCAAGUAGGAGAUCUCUUCAACUAUAAGGUGGGUCAAACUAAAUAUGGGAGGCCGCUGCAGUCUAUUUAAUGAGAAACACUGGUUAAUAUUAACAAAUCACAUGCACAUGACUAUUGGAGAUUGAGACAGGUGCAGAGAAGACAGCAGAUUCCCUACAAUACAUCAAACUUGUAAUGCAUAAAACAAGAACAAGUGAUUUUUUUGUUCAGUCUGUAUGUGUCAUGGCUUAUUAUUACACACUUACUGUACAUUAAAGGUUAUUUUCAUUCUCAUUAAUGAGGAUUUCAUGCCUCUGCGUCGAAACCAGGCAGUAGGUGCACACGUAGUCUACAUACGUGGCGAGCACUGAUAGUUGUGCGUUGGUGAAUGUGAGUCGUGUUGCAAUGAAUGAAGAAAAAGAAAGAGGUUGUCCACUUUCGUUUCUUCAACUCCAUUCAAAAGUGGUGCUGAGUCGUUGGAAAUACGAUGCUACCCAGCAGACCAAUAACAGCUCUUGCGGUAAAUUUCCGGAGAGGUUUACAUCAGCGUACAGCGUCGGCGCUGUGUUGGGAACACGGCUACGCAUAUGAUUUGGACUGCUCUUUGCAUCAACACGUUUCUGCAAAUAGCUAGCCAUGUCCACCUCUCAUCUACACCCUGAAACUCAAAAAUCAAUUUUCACAUAUUUAUAAGUGACUAGACAUAUUCGAUGCAGGUGGUUAAUGAGAUGAAGUUAAAGGAGUUAAUAUUUCUCAUCUGACUGACCUGAAGUUUUACCUUCCACACUGUUUUGUGAAUUGAUCAACAUUACCUCCCAUAAAGCCUGGAACCUUUUCCACUGGCCCAAAAUUAGUCAGAAAUGUGUUUUUUUAGAUUUAAUUUGUUUAUAAACAGAUAGAUAGAUGGAUACUUUAUUAAUCCCGAGGGAAAUUCAGAUCAUCGGACAAAAUUGCCCAUCAAUUUACUCAGUAACCAUAAUAACAAAUGAAAAUGUUUUUACAAAUAUUAGCCACUUUAUUAAAAAUCUAAAACUGAAAUAUUUCCUUUACAUUAGGGGUGUUGUUGAAGCAUCCUCACAGCUUUGGAAUUAAGUUGAUAUGAGAUUUCUACACCCCUGGAUCUGGGCAAUUCAUCCCGAAAUCUCAAUCUGUCAGAUCAGAUUAGAAACGGUGAGCUGCACCUUCACGUCUCUCAAAUGUUCAGAAAGCUUUAGAAACGUUAUCCUUCAAAGCUGAACCAUCAUCGUUCUACCCAAAUGCUCUUUGACAAACUCGGUGCAGACUGUCGUAUGUCUUUGAUAUUACUGGGGUACUGCUGAGAUGAUCGUCCUUCCACCAGGUUCUACCACCUCGGAGUGCUCCUGGUGCUCUUGUUUAAAUGACUGAUCUCACACUUCUUCCAAUUUACAAUUACCAAUGCUGCUGGGCUCCUGUGAACACACAAAGCAGAGAAUUGGUUUAAUUCCUUGUUACGAUCUAUGUGUCGCCACAAUUUUAUUUUAUAUGCAGAAGCGAAUGCCAUUUUAAACAAUGUGGAAUCAUUUAACUUUGUCACAGAUGGACUCCAGUCAGGUUCUAGAGAACUCUAAAACAGGAUGCACCUGACCACAGCUUGUAGUGCUAUAUCUCAGUAUUUGAAUAAAUUAAAAUCAAUUAAUAAUUUGAUUUCACUUGCAAAAAUUAAUUAAGCUCUGUGUAAUUUGGGGUUUUUGAGUCUAGGUUGAUGUAAAAACGGUCAUUAUAAAAUACAAAAUUGCAAAAUGUUUAGAGAUCUGAAUUCUCUUUAAGACCUCUGCAUCUGUUUUAAACCCCAUACAUCACACUAUCUUCCAUGUUGCUCUCUGCCACUUUCUUACGCUGCGGCUAAGCAGUAGCAUUUAACUUCUGACUGUACCCCACCCGACCUGAAGACACUAAUCACAUGCUAACUUUUAUCAAGUUGGGAUAUAAAUGGAGUGCCAUAAGCGCCACUCUGUUGCCUCACGGCUGUUGUAUGAUUAACGCCAUUUUAUUAUUGUGUCCUACUACUCUCCAUCUGGCCAUAUCCCUAACAUCACUGGAUAGAGAUGACUUUGGUUUAGGGAGAACUGAAGGCAUGUUUGUCCUGUCCUCUACUCUUUCUCCAACCCUGCUUGGGACUAUGUUAGGAUCAAGUUAAAUUUCAGGAGCAAGAGGAGAGAUGGGGCUGGGUGACUGUUUUGGCAACAUGCUCACAGAGACAACGAGGGAUCUGUUGAAGUAAAUAGCACUUUAAUUGUGUAUUUGAGUUCUGCAGUGCAAUCUGCAGGUGUUUGGACAGUGACACGUUUUUUGUUAUUUACUACAUGAGUUGGGCUUAAUGAGUUGCAGCUUGAACUGUAAUCAUAUUGGGUGAACAUGGUAGAAAUUGUGCCAGUUUUUGUGUCAGGUCUUUAAAUGAAUACUGCCAAAGGCUAUAGCUGCUUUCAGACAUGCACUGAACUCCGGAUAAUCUAGACAUUUUGCGAAGAGGCUGAAAGCGUAAAUGCAAAGUCGAGAGAUUCCGGACUUACUCUUGAGUUUUUCUGGCCAGCCCCUUUGGAGAAUGUCAGAAUAAGCCCAUGUAAGAACACAGCAGGAGAUUUCGACACGAGCGAGUAAGUGUGUUGACGAUUUUAUUACACGACAGACACAAAACUAAAAAACUAAACAAAAAUAAUACAAUAUCUCGGUAUGAAAAAGAGGUGCCAUACACGUAGAAGAUGAAGAUGUAAAGAGAGGUUUUGGCUGCCUGCUUCACCAACCACCCUCUGAACACUCCUGAGAUUUCUUUGCUGUUUUAAACAUGUCUGAGUGGAGAAACUCCUGUAGCUUUGUUCAUUUGUGCCCAUUAGGGCAAGAUACUCAACCCAAAAUUGCCCUCUGCCCUUCUCAUAGAAAAAGUGCUGCCCAUGAAUGGACUGUCGCAAUGUGAAUGGCAUAAAACAAAAACCUAUAGCGCUUUGAGAGAUCAGGACUAGAAAAGUGCAUAAAAAUACAGCUCAUUCAUGUCUGAAAUAGCUAUACAAUGGUGAUGUUCAGGGAGACAUGUAACUGCAGCCAUUUUCAUUCUGGCCUGUUGACUUCAGUCGGGUUGUCAACAAGUGGAACCUCCUCUGUGGCACUGAGGUUAAGACUUGGCCAGUCAAGGACAUUACAUUUCCUUGGCUGCCUUGUUUAUAUGAUAGUGAACCUUGCUAGCCUGCUUUAUCUUGAAAUUGCAUAAAAUCAUGUGUUCCCACUCUGCACACCCAAAAUGGAUUUGAACGGUCUGAAAUGUGAGGGGAAGAAUCUGGGAGUUAGCACUUUAACCUCAUAGUCAUUGUUUCAUGACCAGUACGCUGCACCUCAAAACGACUCAAAGCGUCCCACUGUCCAAAUACUUGUAGCCGGCACUGAUAGUGUUUAGCUCAAGAUAGCGAGACUUGUGUUAGGAAAUAGCCGGUGAUCCUGAAAUCUUUCACGGAUGUUCAGGUGUUGAAAGCCGAUGGAGGUGUGUUCUCUACCACGCUGCAGACUAUGCGUGUGUGUUACGUGGUAGUAUAUAAGUGAAUGGACUGAGCCACGCAGAGGGUUCUGGUGGAGGGGAAUGUAGAGUUGGCUGUGAGGGGUGACGACCGUGACUCCAAUGAACGCCUCUCUGACCCGUCCCCUUCACCCCCCACCCUCACCCCUCUUAUUCUCAGGCAGGCGCGUCGCAAAGGAGAGUCCCAGGACCCUCUCAACCUAGUUUUCCCCAUGGGAAAUAAUCUGACGUUAAGCGUAGCACAUGUUUGCCAUAUAACCCAUAGAUUUUAGUAGAAGAAGAAGAAAAAACAUUGUAUGUAUGAUGAAUGAUAGAAUUGUGUAAUUGGAGCCUGAAGAAAAGACGUUUUAUUCUUCUGUGGUGCAUCAGCUGUCUGUCACACACCAUGACACUUCUUCUAACACCUGCACUAAACACACACACACACACCCCACUACCCCACCCUAAGUCAGGGAUGUGUAUGGACCACAUUUAGCCAGCACCACCUUUCUGUGUGACCUCCCCCCCCCCCCUCAAUAAAGGGACAACAAAGAUGGGUGUUUAUGUGUAUAUUUUGUGUUAUAAAAAAACCUAAAUGCCAUGAAUUGAACUAUUUUGACCUUACAUUGUCAUUAGUAUGACACUAAUUAGCUGCACUAAGAGGUCCUCGUUUGUUGCAAGAAACCACUGGGUCUGGUCUGGAUGAGGGACAGGCUGGUUAAUGUCACGAGCAACAGCAACACCCCUGCUUGUAGGACCCCAACCCACCCACCCACCCACCUCGGUACGACUCACGAUUUCAGCUCUUUGAGGACAAUAUAAUAUAUUUUAAAGAUUUCUUUUCAUCUUCCCAUAUAUAUUUUAGAAAGCUGGAUCAAGUGCUAUAUGCAAACAGAAAAGAUGUAUGAAAGAAUUAUUUUUCAUUAUUACUUCUCCCUAAUAUGCAAUGGAGUGUAGUGUAACAAUGGUUGCAAUCCUCUGUCACUUUAAUGCUGUAUGUGCACAUUGGAUGCUGUGUGGAUGUGGGUGCCGAGGCAACAGGACUUGACAAUGAUGGGAACUAAUGGUUGUCAGUCUGCAGCGCCGGCGUGUUCCCAGACUGCCUUAUUCGUUCUGACCAUUCACAAGAGCCCUGUUUGAAAACCGAGGGGGUGCAGCCACUGCCACGGGCUGACCAAGCCGCAGUCAGAGGAAUAUCGCUGUUCCAUUUUCUUCUGCUUUUCCCUUGCUUUUUUUUAAAUUUUAUUUUAAAAACCUUUUCUUUCUUUUUCUAUUCUUCUGCUGUCAGUUAGGAUUUGGAGCGUGUAAAUGGCAUAAUCAUGUUCACAUUUCACUGUCUGUUCUGUGUAUCUGCUUCACCAUUCAAUGAAAAAAAAAACUGUUGUUUUCCAGUAUAACCUGUUCAUUUUUAAGAGCCGUAUGGUGCGACACUUGUAGCUGUCACUCUUGGUGCUUGGCUUAUGCUUCAUUGUCUUAAUAUUCCAAAUAAAACUGUUAAGUGUAAUCCACACUGGCCCAUGA